GGAAAGCAGAACCCAAAAUGAAAAUGAAAACGAAUGCCACACUAAAUAAAAGUCCAAAGAGAGCACAACUAGUAACCACUCUCCUCAUAGUAAACGUUCUAAUGGCUUCACGUCUCCCUCUCUCGCGCUCAAUCCACCCAAUCCUAAAACGCUCUUCUUUUUCCCAUUUUACCCCAAAACAAUUCCCCAAAUCCCAUCCUUGCCCUCUCUGGUCCUCUUCUUUCUCCUUCUGUCUCCAGUCUCUAUAUAAAUCAACUCCUAUCUCCGUCUCUUCUUCACUCUCUUUCUCGCCUUGCUAUUCUUCAGUCUCUCCACCACUUUCAAUGGCUGAUGUUGAUGAAACACUCGGUUCCAAUCCUCUGUUGCAGGACUUCGAAUUCCCUCCUUUUGAUGUUGUCGAGGCUAAACAUGUUCGACCUGGGAUUCGUGCUCUGCUAAAGAAACUUGAGAGUGAUUUGGAGGAAUUGGAGAGAACAUUGGAACCAUCAUGGCCAAAAUUGGUAGAGCCAUUCGAAAAGAUUAUAGAUCAAUUAGCUGUUGUUUGGGGUGCGAUCAAUCACCUUAAGUCUGUUAAGGAUACUCCUGAACUCCGUGCUGCAAUUGAAGAAGUUCAGCCAGAAAAGGUCAAGUUUGAGCUUAGGCUAGGACAAAGUAAACCGAUUUACAAUGCAUUUAAAGCUAUCCAAGAAUCUCCUCAAUGGCAGUCACUAAGUGAUGCUCAGAAGCGUAUAGUGGAAUCCCAAAUAAAGGAGGCAGUUCUUAAAGGUGUUGCUCUUGAAGAUGAUAAAAGAGAAGAGUUCAACAAAAUUGAACAGGAGCUGGAAAGAUUAUCUCAAAAGUUUGGGGAGAACGUGUUAGAUGCAACAAAGAAGUUUGAAAAACUCAUUACAGACGAGAAGGAAAUUGAAGGGUUGCCUGCAACAUCACUUGCAUUGGCUGCACAGACAGCCGCGUCUAAGGGGCAUAAAGAUGCAACAGCUGAGAAUGGACCUUGGGUGAUUACAUUGGAUGGCCCUAGUUUUAUGUCUGUCAUGCAACAUGCUCGAAACCGUGAUUUGCGUGAAGAAGUCUACCGUGCUUAUGUAACUCGUGCUUCGAGCGGUGAUCUGGAUAAUACACCAAUUAUCGACCAAAUAGUAAAGCUUAGACUGGAAAAGGCUAAGCUUCUCAAUUACAACAACUAUGCUGAGGUAAGCAUGGCAACAAAAAUGGCAACUGUUGAGAAGGCAGAAGAGCUCUUAGAAAAGCUGCGCUCAGCUUCCUGGGAUGCUGCAGUCCGAGAUAUGGAAGACCUUAAAAUUUUCUCCAAAAAUCAAGGUGCAGUAGAAGCAAAUGAUUUGAGCCACUGGGACAUAAGCUUUUGGGCUGAGAGGCUUCGCGAGUCAAGAUAUGAUAUCAAUGAGGAAGAACUUCGGCCAUAUUUCUCAUUGCCAAAGGUUAUGGAUGGGCUUUUCAACCUCGCAAAGAAUCUUUUUGGAAUUGAUAUUGAACCAGCUGAUGGUUUAGCACCUGUUUGGAAUAAUGAUGUUAAAUUCUACCGUGUCAAAGACUCCUCUGGUGCUCCAAUUGCGUACUUUUAUUUUGAUCCAUACUCUCGUCCAUCUGAGAAAAGGGGAGGUGCAUGGAUGGAUGAGGUAGUUGCUCGAAGUCGGGUUUUGUCACGCAAUGGAACUUCCCCAAGGUUGCCUGUUGCCCACAUGGUGUGUAAUCAAACGCCGCCAGUUGGAGACAAACCAAGCCUUAUGACAUUUCGAGAGGUUGAGACUGUUUUCCAUGAAUUCGGUCAUGCCCUUCAGCAUAUGCUAACCAAACAGGAUGAGGGUCUUGUUGCUGGAAUUCGAGGAAUAGAGUGGGAUGCUGUUGAAUUACCCUCGCAGUUUAUGGAAAAUUGGUGUUAUCAUAGGGAAACUUUGAUGGGCAUUGCAAAGCACUAUGAAACUGGGGAGACUCUUCCAGAAGAUGUAUAUUUGAAGCUUCUUGCUGCAAGAACUUUUCGUGCAGGUUCCCUUAGUCUUCGCCAGCUAAGAUUUGCAAGUCUAGACUUGGAGUUGCACACAAAGUAUACACCUGGUGGGUCAGAGUCUGUCUAUGAUGUUGAUCAGAGGGUCUCUAAGAGGACACAAGUGAUCCCUCCAUUGCCUGAGGAUAGAUUCCUUUGUAGUUUUAGCCAUAUAUUUGCAGGUGGAUAUGCAGCUGGAUACUACAGUUAUAAGUGGGCGGAGGUACUAUCUGCAGAUGCAUUCUCAGCUUUUGAGGAUGCUGGAUUAGAAGACAGCAAGGCUGUCAAGGAGACCGGACACAGGUUCCGUGAGACCAUUCUUGCGCUUGGAGGUGGAAAAGCACCACUAGAGGUUUUUGUGCAAUUCCGAGGGCGCGAACCUUCACCAGAUGCACUGCUUCGGCAUAAUGGCUUAUUAUCAGGCGCAGCCUCAGCAUGAGUCCUACAGUCUACUGGUCAUCUGUAUUUCUGUAGGCAUGUAGUGUUCUCUAAAUCAUGCAGGACUUGUUCAUUAGGCCUCGAGUUAUCCACUGGUUAUGGUUUAGGUUCUGAGACAAAAGUGCCUCUGGUCCCCAUAGGGAUGCUGUGGCAAUUACUAGUCUUUCAGUAUACAAGAACUUGAAAAUAACGUUAUAUGGAACAAUGGCUUUCUUCUUUGUCA